AGAGGAUUAAAGAAGAAUAAAAGAUGGAGGAGUUUUCCCGCUGGGUGAGGAGGUUCUGCUGUGGUGAGGAAGAGGAGGAAGAGGAAGAGAGACAGAGCAAAGAAGAAGAAGAGGAAGAAGAAGAAGUGGAGGAGGAGGAGGAGGUGAAGUUGGAGAAUCUGAGGAAGAGCAGGAGUUCCUCUUCACUCCGACCAGCAGAGCUGGAUCCGGACCACUCUGGCUCGCCCCCCUCCGGGUCCCAGCCUCACUGGUUCCACACUCUGCAGGUCCGACGGCUGCGAGUGGAGCGAGGACGCAGGAACAGCGACCCGCUGGGAGGGAACCAGGACCAGAACCACUUUACCUGGAAACCAGGUCUUCAGUUCGGAGCGGCUCAUUCGUACGUGAGUCUGGAGAAACUGGGCGAGGGAGCGUACGCGUCCGUCUACAAGGGGAUCAGCAGGAUCAACGGGCAGCUGGUGGCCCUGAAGGUGAUCCGCAUGAAGACGGAGGAAGGCCUCCCGUUCACCGCCAUCAGGGAGGCUUCUCUGCUCAAAGGUCUGAAACACGCCAACAUCGUCGUCCUCCACGACAUCAUCCACACCAGAGAGUCUCUGACCUUCGUCUUCGAAUACGUUCAGACAGACCUGGCCCAGUACAUGAGUCAGCACCCUGGAGGACUACACUCACACAACAUCAGG